AUCUCAUUCUAUUGCAUGCCACUUGGAUCUUGCACAUUUCUAUAAUGAAAGAGUUGGAAUCCAACUCAGCCUGAGAGCUUAGGUGGCUAGAGUUUAGGGGCAAAGGACGGAAAAGCCAGAAGGUCCCAUGUAAAGUUAAAACUUUCAGUCAGACACUGAACACUGAAGACAGAACUUGAAACAUAGCAAGGAGAAGCAAGCUAACAGCUCUAGCUAGUAGCUACAAGUCACAGUAAUAGAAACACACAAACACAAGGACCAAACUUCACUCAGACUGAAAUUGCAUACCAAGCUAGAUGAGUGAAACAGAGAAGAACCCAGAGUUAGGAACUUGGAAGGGAGAAAUGGAAAGAAAAGAAAAAGGUGUGGAGAGAGAAGGAAAGAAAGUAGAGAUAUUGAAGAGUAAACAAAAGUUGAAAGAAGGGAUGGUACUGCAGGUAGGGAAAAGAGGAGGCCCAUCUACCCCAUCACCUACUUGGAGACUUGAGUUCUCUCCUUCUCCAAAUGACAACAACAACGGCAACCCCAUUCAAGAAUUCCUUAAUACCACUACCACUACUGUCUCUGCUAGAAAGCUCUGUGCCAAUUUUUGGGAGAUUCAACCCCAAGUUCACCUCUCAGCGUCUAAAAUGAACAAGAAUCUUGGUCGUAGAAGAGCUCACCCUAGCCACCACCACCAAGAUAAGAAGGCCUUUGAGCCACGUACUCAUUUAGUUGAUCCUCCUAAUAGCCCCCCUGAUCAGCCAGCAAGUGCUAGUCCCUUGAGGAAACAUGUUACCAAGUCAUUGAUACAACACCAUCGACCAGAUGGAAGAAAUGGUAAUGCUCUACGGCCUCUAUCACCUGCAAGUUGUGAUGGCCCAAUGGAGGUGGCACUUUAUAACCCUGCAGUUACCCCUACUAGUUCUUCAGAUUUUAGGGACAGGAUGAGAGAGUCAAGUUAUAGUCUUAAGACAUCAACGGAGUUGCUCAAGGUACUCAAUCGGAUCUGGAGUCUUGAAGAACAACAAGCAUCCAAUAUGUCGUUGUUAAGAGCUUUAAAGAUGGAACUGGGUCAUUCUCAGUCACAAAUAAAGGAUUUGCUGAACGAGAAGCAAGCAAAUAGACAAGAAAUGGACCACUUAAUGAAGCAACUUGCAGAAGAUAAAGUUAUCAGGAAAAAGAAGGAGCAAGAUCGAAUCAAAUCUGCUGUUCAGUCAGUGCAAGAAGAGCUGAAAGAUGAGAGGAAGUUAAGGAAGCACUCAGAGAGCCUCCACCGGAAGCUAGCUCGAGAGCUUUCUGAGGUAAAAUACUCUUUCUGUAAUGCUUUAAAAGAGCUCGAGAGAGAAAGGAAAACAUGUUUUUUGUUGGAAAAUUUGUGUGAUGAGUUUGCCCAAGGAAUAAGAGAUUAUGAGCAAGAGGUGCGGUCCCUUAGGCACAAAUCUGACAUGGAUAGUGUAGCUGGGGAAAAAACUGACCGAUUGGUUCUCCAUAUUUCAGAAGCAUGGCUUGAUGAGCGGAUGCAAAUGGAACUAGCAGAAGCUGAAAACGAUCCUGUUGGCAAAUUAGGUCCCCAUAUUGAAACCUUUCUCCAAGCUAGACUCUCCAUUGAAUUGAAGAAAGAUGGAAACUUCGAGAAGGAGGGGAUAAAAAACUGCUCAAGACGGGAAUCCUAUCUGUUGAAUGAGGCUGCAAGUGCUCCUCAAGAUGCAGCUGAUGAUGAUUCUACUGACAGUGAUUCACAUUGUUUCGAGCUAAACAGUGCAAGUAAAAGACAAACUAUAGGCAACUCUAAACAACAAGCAGAUAAUGCUUCAGAAAUUCAUCUUGAAAAAACAGUGAAAUCAAAUUCUACGAAGAGAAUGGCUGGAUCCAGGGAAAAUACUAAGUUUCAUAACCCAGCCCAUUUCCAGGUGCAGUUUGAAGACUACAUGGCUGGAAACAAAACACAAUUUUCAGAUAGAGGGCACACUGAAUUAAGUGGAGAGAGCCAAGGUAUAUCCAAUAUAUAUGAAGCCAAACAAGAUGGUCACCAUAAAAGGAAAACUAAACAGGUGAUCCAUGGAUUGAAUUCAAAUUAUGUGCUUGAUACCCUAACAAGAAAUCACUCCUUGUCAUCCGAGGGUGAUAAAAUUCAUCCUGUCAGUGAUUUCAAGGAAGAUGCUUGUGCUCAACCUGUAUUUGGUGGUCAUGCUAGUCCAGUGCGACAAUGGAUGUCGAAGUUAACAUCCCCAGAAUUUGAUAAGUCUGAAUGUUCCUCAAAACUAACAAGGGACUUGAAUGAAAAUACACUGAAGGCAAAGCUGCUUGAAGCAAGAUUGGAGGGCCAGAAAUCUCGCAUAAGGGCUUCUAAAGCUGUCUUUUAGGUUGAUGGAGGGGGGUGGACCGUUGAUAUGCCUUAAGUUAGAAUCUUCUCUAUAAGAAACUCCGAAUAAAAUUUAGAAUCUUCCAUGUCGCAUAUUUUGUUCAACAACUUUCAGAAUAAAAGGUCCGUCAAUUAUAUUUCUUUAUCACUUGUAA